UCAACCUUCCCAGCGAGCAUGAAGUUCUCAGAGGCUGGAGAAUGAGAGAGCGGGUCACGAUGGAAGAGCAAACUCUGCACUUUCAGCAAGAAGUUACGAUGGAGAGAAUGAAGCAUUACACAGUGCUCUAAGGCGUAAGAGAGACUUACUCCGGAGACUAAGGGAACAGCACAUGUUGGAUGACUUAGCAAGGCCACAGACAUGGGCUGGAACUUGCAGACAGCACUAUUAUGAAUCUCCUGCCUCGCCCACACCUCCGGUUUAUAUCUAUCAGUCUCCGCCUCCUGCUCCUCCUCCAGCUCUGCCUCCAGCACCACAGCCUCCUCGAAUCAUCCAACACCCUGUUCCACAUCCACCAGCCACCAUCAUUCAGCAGCUCCCACAGCAGCAGCCACUUAUAGCACAGAUUCCACCAGUCCAACCUGUACCCCACAGAUCCGGCAGCAUUAAAGAGGACAUGGUGGAGCUGAUGCUCAUGCAGAAUGCUCAGAUGCACCAGAUCAUCAUGCACAACAUGAUGCUCAAAGCACUUCCUCCGUCGAUCGCUGGCAUGAGCGGGAGUCCUCCUGCAGGCCAGGAGAACUACUACAUGAAAGGCAAAGGAGGUGCCGCCCACCAUCAUCAUCACUACAGGCCUUUGCCGCUCCCUCCUAUUGGCUCCUUCUCAGCUUGGUCGUCUAUGAUGUCUGCACAAGGGGGAGGAGCUUAUCAGCCAUCCAUUCAGCACUUAACCAGCCCGGUAACUCUGCCUCCACUUAACACUGUCACUGUUGAUGGACUAAAGACGAGAUUUCCUCUUGGAUUCUAAGCAUCCUUCACCUCUAUCAGGUUCAGGGAAGAAGAAAAUGUACACAUUUUUACAUUAC